UGGCCGCAGUUUGACCCUGGAGCAGACUAUUUCAAUUUCGACAAUGUACCAUGUCAUUUAUGCCGAUGGUCAUAAUCGCGUAGCGUGUGUAGAUGUAUUUAUUUCUUUGAAUGGGUCUGUGAAGUAGAUCAGCUCCAAUUAAAGGUCCAUUUUGGCGCCAUUAAAAGACAGUUGGCGGUAAAUCGCGCGAGCAGAAAAGAGAUGAUAGACUUGAGAAUGGAAGGAGUGGACUCUAACGUGUCAUUGAAAUGUCUCCCAGACAGUAAGGGAGACAUUUGACUUGUCCAAGGUGACAUCACGAAGACGGCAGCCAAUCAGCGUCCUUAUACGCGACGUUUUGCUCUCGUCCAUCAUCAUCAUCAUCAUCCUCCUCCUCCUCCUCCUUUUCCCGCCGCGCGGCACCUGCAAGCGCGCGUCUCUCGUGCACGGACCCUGCCUGAGAGACAUUGUCGCCGGAGGACAUGUGGCAGUGAGCAGCAAAGAUGGAGUAGGAAGCUGACACGAGUUGGACUCUUGUUUGGGAAUAUUCACCAUCAUUUUUUGUUUUCUUUUUAAAAGCAGCCGCUGUGACCCAAAUUCGACAUGAAGACAAGAGCUGCCUUCUGCGAGUAGAACCACAAGAACUAGCUCAGUCCUCCAGUGGACCACACUGCGGUACCGACCAGUGGACCCGAGUAGAACUGAACACCUCCGAGGGAGAAGAUGCCGUUCCAUCAUGUGACGGCAGGUUUGCUCUACAAGGGGAACUACUUGAGUCGCUCGCUAUCAGACAGCGACAGCAACGUGCUGUCCAGCAUCUCCGUGGAGGAGCUGGAUGAGAUCCGGGAGGCCUUCAAGGUUCUGGAUCGGGAUGGGAACGGCUUCAUAUCCAAGCAGGAGCUGGGAAUGGCCAUGCGUUCUUUGGGGUACAUGCCCAGCGAGGUGGAGCUGGCCAUCAUCAUGCAGAGACUGGACAUGGAUGGUGACGGACAAGUGGACUUUGAGGAGUUCAUGACCAUCCUCGGACCCAAACUUCUGUCGUCAGAAACCAGAGAAGGUUUCCUGGGAAGCACCAUAGACACCAUCUUCUGGCAGUUUGACAUGCAGAGGAUCACACUGGAGGAGCUCAAGCACGUCCUCUUCUACGCCUUCAGGGACCACCUGACCAUGAAGGACAUUGAGAACAUCAUCAUCAACGAGGAAGAAAGCCUCAAGGAGAACGCCGGAAACUGUCAGACCGAGUUUGAAGGAGUCCACCCGUCGAAGAAGAACCGUCAGACGUGCGUGAGGAAGAGCCUCAUCUGCGCCUUCGCCAUGGCCUUCAUCAUCAGCGUCAUGCUCAUCGCGGCCAAUCAGAUGCUGAGGAACGGCAUGGAGUAGCCACGCCCACUGUGAGCAGGCGGGGAAGAGGGCAGCCAGCACCUGCACGUGCAUGCCAGUGGGUGCGGUCACGUCUUCGCCCCCCCAGACACACCUUUUAAAAAUGCAUUUUUUUUUAACUGGGCGACACCUUGUCACUGAGAAGCCAGCAUGGAGAGUCCCCGCCCCCUCUGGGGCUGCUCCUCCCCCUUUACUCUGACAGGGACUUCUUUCAAGGGCUGACAUUACCCACAAUCCUCUGUCCUCUCCUUGAUGCAAUAAGGUAGGAGCGCUUGAUUCCGAACCUGGAGAACUUGACAUUGGCCGUCUCUCUGUGGACCACAACACGUGGAAGGACACAACACGGGACACGGCCCAAGCUGCACCUGCCCCAUAUUGGCACAAGGGAUGCUGGGAAUUAUUCUUUUCUCUUUUUUUUAAAAUUUUAUUUCAACUAUAGUUUUGACUCCGGGCUGGAAGCAGGGAUCGAACAGUGAUCUCUUUGCUACAAGGCCUACUACCCUCCCCCAAGUCCCCCAAGCAUGAAUCUUUCCCCGCUUGUCACCAUCAUGUGACUUUCACUUCACACCACCAACAAGCGUGUUUGGUUGCUGGCCAGGAGACCAAGCGGCAACUUCCGGUCUCGUCAAUCUGUGCUGCGUGCGCGUGACUCCACUGCUCACAAUCCAUGAUAUUUACGAAGUAUUUAAACGUCCAUAUGAGAAGGUGCACAUGAUGGUGAAGGAGAACAGACAUAGCCAUAGAUAUACUACUAUAUCACACUAUAGGCUAUUAUUAUUCUCGAUAAUAUAAAUAAUAGUAGCAUGUGUUGUUUGCAGCUCCUCACUGUUUGUCGAAGCUGUCCUUCAUUCUACAGGCGUUAGAUUGGACAAAAGAUCGUCAACUCAGCCCUUAAACAAUGUAUUUGGUAGAAUGGAAAGACUGUCAACACGCGGGAGAUCAAAGCGACCGCUAGCACCGUCGUUGGACGCACAAAUGACUUCAAGGAGACAUUUUAAAACAGGUUUUGUAGGCUUUUACCUUGACGUGCGCGCCUGCUGCCCCUCCUUGGAAGACGCCACCUGCGGUCUCCGGCCCCGCCCACAUUGUGUUAUGUGCGUGUUGUUGUGUCACGUGACAUGUACUAGUGAAACGAAACACUGUGAUGCGAAAGACGUGCGCGCACCGUCUGACGCGUGUGCACGUGGUCCACAAAGCCAUACAUUGAAAAAAAAAAUAACGCGGACACAUACACACGGGCAUUAUUUGACUCAAACGUGUUCUUAGGUUGGGUCUGGUGCCGUGGAGUGGUUCUGUACGUGCCGGCUAAGGGGACAAGCAGUGACAACAGCGCCCUCUGGUGGAGCUCACUGUCAACAUGCGCAAUCCCGUUUCAGCUGUCAAAGCUAAGUAAGCAGCGUCUUUAUUUGGAGGAAAAUGUACAGAAAACCACAAUAAGGUUUGUUUUUAUCUGAAAUGUUGCAUUUUUUUCUUUUUUAAAUUAACCACCAAAAACGAUAAUUCACUGCUGUUUUCUUUUUCCAGGAACUUUGUAUUUGCAAUUGUCACGUGUUUCUCUUUGACUUAGUGCACGAGCCCUGCAGGACGGUUGCAUGUUUCCUAAAGAAAGACUUUUAUUUUUGGAAGGAAGUGUCUCCGGAGUAGCAUGGACGCACAUGUUUUGUCUUGACACGUCCUCCUACAGUAUAUUAACCAAGCACACACUAGUAGACACUUUGCAUGGACAACACGUAUAGACUUGGCAUUGUCGUCAGCCUGUAACUACUCACAACGUGUACAAACACCACAGAGCUGAUGCAAUAAAAGCUUUGUUUUUAAAACGACUCUUUGGGAUGCCUUUUUUGUCAUCUCAUUGUCAAUAAUUCAUCAUGAGCUCAUGAUUUACUUAAAAAACAUCAAUCAAGGGGUCUUAUAGCAGGGUGGUCUUUAGCUCCGCGACACCAAAAAUCAUUUCCAUUG